AUGGCUUUGGUUAUGGAACCUAUAAGUAAAUGGACGCCAAAGCAAGUGCUGGACUGGAUGAAAGGUCUGGAUGACUGUCUCCAGCAGUACGUGAAGAGUUUCGAGCGGGAGCAGAUGGGGGGAGAGCAGCUGCUGCACAUCACCCAUCAGGAGCUGGAGGAGCUGGGUGUCACCAGAAUAGGACAUCAGGAGCUCAUCCUGGAAGCUGUCGACCUCCUCUGUGCCCUGAACUACGGCCUAGAGACAGAGAACCUCCGGACUCUGUCCCACAAGCUGAACGCUUCAGCAAAGAACCUCCAGAACUUCAUCCUGGGCCGGCGGCGGGGCGGACACUACGAUGGACGUGCUUCCCGGAGGCUACCCAAUGACUUCCUCACCUCGGUGGUGGAUCUGAUUGGUGCAGCCAAGAACCUGCUCGCCUGGCUUGACAGGUCUCCAUUUGCCAGUGUGACGGAGUACUCAUUACUGAAGAACAACAUUGUGCAGCUCUGCCUAGAAUUAACUACCAUUGUACAACAGGAUUGCACUGUGUAUGAGACGGAGAAUAAGAUUCUCCAUGUGUGUAAGACCUUAGCAGGGAUAUGCGACCACAUCAUCUCUCUGUCGUCGGACUCUCUGGUCUCUCAGUCUGCCCAUCUGGAGGUGGUCCACCUUACCAGCAUCAUGCCCAGUGAAGGGCUGGGGAUGUAUAUCAAAUCGACGUAUGAUGGACUCCAUGUUAUCACCGGAACCACAGAGAAUUCUCCAGCAGACCAGUGCAAGAAGAUCCAUGCAGGGGAUGAGGUGAUACAAGUCAACCACCAGACAGUGGUGGGCUGGCAGCUGAAGAACCUGGUCAACGCUCUGAGAGAGGAUCCAUGCGGAGUCAUCCUCACGCUGAAGAAAAGGCCCCAGAACACCCUGAGCUCCACACCAGCUCUGCUCAGGAACGUCCGCUGGAAACCACUGGGCCUGCAGCCGGUCCCCACCAGCCCCACCAGCACCUCCCCUACACCCGGUGGGACUUUGGGCAUGUCCAAAAUGGAUGCCCCCAGCAUGCAGGACGUCUACAUCCUCUCUCCUGUCUCUGGGCUCUACAGCACCAGGGAGGAGCUGGGGCUGAUGUCAUGCGACGACAUCAGCCGCUACAGCGUGAGCUCCCAGUCCGGCUCCAAAGGUUCAGAGGCAGUCAGCUACUACCUGGACCAGGACAGCGGCCAGUUCUUCUCCCUACUGGAGGGAGACGGACCCCCAGGGCCCGACUACGACAGGGGCCGCAAUACGGGGGUCCGCCGGCGGGACAAGACCCCCACUCAUGGUGACCUAAGGCCUGUUUCCAUGCCCCCUGAAUAUAACUGGAUGGCCGAGGCCAAGGAACCCAGCAUGGGCAAGAGAGGGAGCCGAGAUUCAGACAACUCCCUGCUGCGUUACCUUAGCGACGACAAGAUCCUAGUUAUCGAGGAGGAGCCCGAGGGUCCAGGCAGAGAGAGCCGGCGAGAUUCCACCAGACGUUCCCGGCGCAAGAGCCGCAAUCCCAGCAGCCCUAGCUUUCCCAUCAGCCCCUCCAUGCUGUCCUCCACCCUGCGCCUAGACCAGCCACCUGAUGCUUUGCCUCGAGGUGCAGACACGCUGCGCGCAGACACAACAGACAGGUACUCCGGCUCAGGAAGCUCAGGAGCGGCCUCCAUGAGGAAGUCUUUCCAUUACACCUCUCUAAGAACGAAAACCAAAAAGCGAAGCAAAGGUUCCCUCACUAGUGCCAGUCGAAGGAGAAUUUCCUGUAAGGACCUGGGCCACGGUGACUGUGAGGGCUGGCUGUGGAAGAAGAAGGAUGCCAAAGGCUACUUCACCCAGAAAUGGAGGAAGUACUGGUUUAUCCUCAAAGAGUCCUGCCUCUACUGGUACACCAACCAAAAUGAUGAGAAGGCUGAGGGCUUCAUCAGCCUCCCAGAGUUCAGAAUAGACCGAGCCAUAGAGUGCAGACGGAAAUUUGCCUUCAAAGCCUGUCAUCCCAAAAUCAAGAGCUUCUUCUUCGCCACAGACUGUCUUGAGGAAAUGAACAGGUGGAUGAACCGGCUGGGGCUUGCUGCUAUUGGCUACACACCAGAUGACAAGGUGCCGCGCCCUGAUGAAGACUACUGGAGUGAGAGUGACCAGGACGAGGUCGAUGGCUCAAUGACGCUCAAACAGGAGGGACCCUCGUCCCUCUGUGAUACUUAUCACCGCACACCAUCAGUCAAUUCCUCUAGUCCCUUCCCAGAGCCCAAGCACGGGCGACAUUUCUCCAGCGAGUCCACGCACUCCCACUCCUCGGCCGAGGACCAGCGUGGAGACGGCAUGGGCAUGGGCACGGGCACAGGCAGCACCAGUACCCACUCAUCAGGCUGCCGCUCUUCCCAUCGUGAGCGCCGCUCCUGGCAGGACCUCAUUGAGACCCCUCUUACCAGCGCGGGGCUGCACUUCCUGCAGACGGCGCCGGGGGAGAGUGAUUACGGAGGCCUAAUGGGGAGCAUGGCUGGAGAGAUGGGGCUGUACGGAGGGCUGGGCAGACAGGGCAUGUCCCCAGAGAGGCGCAGGCAGGCCACGCUGCCCGUACGGAGACACCACGCCGCAGAGAGGGACAGGGAGCGGGACGGGCCCUUCCCUCUGGAAAGAGGACCACACUCGCACAGCCACACACACCGACGCUCUCACAAGCAGCGCAGCCAGAGUUUGCCCAGGAACAGGGACCCGAUGCCAGGAAAGCUGUUACACACCUCAGCUCAUAUGGAGGAGAGGAGCGAGGAUGAGGAGGCAGAGGGGCAGGCUGCUGAUAUGCUCCAGGGUGAGGAGGUGAAUCUGACUCUAACCGCUCCUCUCCUGGGUGUCUCAGACCUGCGGGAGUUGAGAGUCGAGAGCAGAGAGAGGAGGGUGUCGGAGGGAAGGGAGCGGCGGGUGUCGGAGGGCCGCGAGCCGGAGCCGUUGGACGGGCUAGAGCAGCUGUACCGUGCCCUGGAGCAGGCCAACGUGACGGCUCUGGGAGACCCAAGACCCUGUAGCAGGCAGGAGCUCCGACGCUGUUUCACCCAGAGAGCCAGGGACCCUCUGCUCAACGACAGGCUGCACCGGGUCCGAGCCCUCCGCAGCACCUUGAAGGCCAAAGAGUCCGAGCUGGCAGUAAUCUGUGCCCUCCUGGAGGACCCUGGCCUGUGCUCCCAGACCUUCAGAGAGUGGAAACAGUGGCACAGCGAGCUCUACUCAGACAUCUGCCAGCUCAGUCCGGGCACCAACGGCCAGGACGACCUCUCCCCGCUGGCUGCACCUCUCAUGACCCACACACACUCCUUCAUUGAGACACAUGUGUGA